AUGCUCGUUCUCAACCACAAGCUCAUCCUCCUCGCCGUUCUGGUGCUCGCUCUCUUCUUGAGCAACGUCGAGUCCGUCGACGCCAAGAAGCAGUGCCGCGUCAAGCACCAGAAGCACCACCACAAACAUCACAAGGCCAACCACCACUCUUCGUCCUCUGUCGCCAGUGGUGCCCAGUCUGGCUCCCAGUCCGAGGCUACCUCCCCCUCCGGCUCGUCGUCCAGCUCGUCGUCGGGCUCCUCCGCUUCGUCUGGCUCCAGCUCCGACUCGGGAUCCGGCUCCUCUGGCUCCAGCUCGAGCUCGAGCUCCGGCUCCUCUUCAUCGUCGGAUUCUAGCUCGGGCUCGUCCUCUUCUUCGUCGUCCUCAUCCUCUUCGUCCUCUUCAUCCUCGUCCGGCACGAUCUCCGGACUCUCUCCUCCUCUCGGCAAGGCGGGUGUCGCUGGCGGCAACUCGCUCAAGUGGACCGCCAAGUCCCUCGGAUGGUACUACGACUGGACCCCCAACCCGGACAACCCGAACCGCGGCGACAUCCUCGCCGUACCCAUGCUCUGGGGUCUGGGCCGUGUCGACCACGACGACGACUGGGCUCGCUUCGACGCCUUUAAGAAGCUCAAGCCUGGCUCCGCCCCCUUCGUCAUGGGCUUCAACGAGCCCGACUUCUCCGGCAGCGGCUCGUCCGGUGUGAUCCCCGUCGCUGAUGCCGCCGCCGCUUGGGAGCAGUGGAUCGCCCCUCACGCCCGCGCCGGCGCCAAGCUCAUCUCGCCCAGCAUGGCCAUGCAGAAGGACGAGACUUGGCUCGCACCUUUUCUCAAGGCCGUCAAGACCCAGCCCGACAUCAUCGCCGUUCACAUCUUCCAGGACAACAUGGACGGCGUCAAGGGCGUCCUCGAUCACUUCGCCCAGUACGGAAAGUUGCUUUGGUACCAAGGACCGUCGCCCAAAUACUGCGACCAGAACAAGGUCGACUCUAUGCUCAAGCAGAUGGUGGAUCUUUUCGAGAGCGACGCUCGUGUGGCUGCAUACUCGGUCUCGGAUGCCAACAACGGCCCGUACGGCGACCUCACUCCCAACCAGGCUGGCCAGAGUCUCAGCCAGACCGGCAAGUCGUACCUCGCCUCGGUCGAGCAGGCGACGGGCAAGAAUCAGCGUCGUGGUCUCGUUCCCGUCCGCAGGUAG